CCUCUCGCGAGAGUGGGUUUGUUCUUGGUCUGCAGCCGCUGCUGCCACCUCUUACCAGCGCCGUUGCUGCGGGGGAUUGUGGGAUCCUCCGCGUCCCGCUCGCUGGGAGAGGUACCUCUCCUUUUUCUCUCUCCCUUUCCUUAAGAGUUGUCUGCUGGUUCUCAGCUUGAAGAAGAUUCUGCAGUCCUUAUUGAUCCUUUUUCUUGGCGUUACCAUUUUUUGAAGCAAAGUUAACCUAGUUUUCUAGUUUGAGCUUUCUUUUUGGCCAUCUUAAAAAAAGAUUUUUUUUUUUUUUUUAAAUCUAAACUAGACAAGAGAUAGUUCUACAAUGUCCAAGUCAUUCCAGCAGUCAUCUCUCGGUAGGGACUCGCAGGGUCAUGGGCGUGACCUGUCUGCAGCAGGAAUAGGCCUUCUUGCUGCUGCUACCCAGUCUUUAAGUAUGCCAGCAUCUCUUGGAAGGAUGAACCAGGGUACUGCACGCCUUGCUAGUUUAAUGAAUCUUGGAAUGAGUUCUUCAUUGAAUCAACAAGGAGCUCAUAGUGCACUGUCUUCUGCUAGUACUUCUUCCCAUAAUUUGCAGUCUAUAUUUAACAUUGGAAGUAGAGGUCCACUCCCUUUGUCUUCUCAACACCGUGGAGAUGCAGACCAGGCCAGUAACAUUUUGGCCAGCUUUGGUCUGUCUGCUAGAGACUUAGAUGAACUGAGUCGUUAUCCAGAGGACAAGAUUACUCCUGAGAAUUUGCCCCAAAUCCUUCUACAGCUUAAAAGGAGGAGAACUGAAGAAGGCCCUACAUUGAGUUAUGGUAGAGAUGGCAGAUCUGCUACACGGGAGCCACCAUACAGAGUACCUAGGGAUGAUUGGGAAGAAAAAAGGCACUUUAGAAGAGAUAGUUUUGAUGAUCGUGGUCCUAGUCUCAACCCAGUGCUUGAUUAUGACCAUGGAAGUCGUUCUCAAGAAUCUGGUUAUUAUGACAGAAUGGAUUAUGAAGAUGACAGAUUAAGAGAUGGAGAAAGGUGUAGGGAUGAUUCUUUUUUUGGUGAGACCUCGCAUAACUAUCAUAAAUUUGACAGUGAGUAUGAGAGAAUGGGACGUGGUCCUGGCCCCUUACAAGAGAGAUCUCUCUUUGAGAAAAAGAGGGGCGCUCCUCCAAGUAGCAAUAUUGAAGACUUCCAUGGACUCUUACCGAAGGGUUAUCCCCAUCUGUGCUCUAUAUGUGAUUUGCCAGUUCAUUCUAAUAAGGAGUGGAGUCAACAUAUCAAUGGAGCAAGUCACAGUCGCCGAUGCCAGCUUCUUCUUGAAAUCUACCCAGAAUGGAAUCCUGACAAUGACACAGGACACACAAUGGGUGAUCCGUUCAUGUUGCAGCAGUCUACAAACCCAGCACCAGGAAUUCUGGGACCUCCACCUCCCUCAUUUCAUCUUGGGGGACCAGCAGUUGGACCAAGAGGAAAUCUGGGUGCUGGAAAUGGGAACCUGCAAGGACCAAGACACAUGCAAAAAGGCAGAGUGGAAACUAGCCGAGUUGUUCACAUCAUGGAUUUUCAGAGAGGGAAAAACUUGAGAUAUCAAUUAUUACAGCUGGUGGAACCAUUUGGAGUCAUUUCAAAUCAUCUGAUUUUAAAUAAAAUUAAUGAGGCAUUCAUUGAAAUGGCAACCACAGAAGAUGCUCAAGCCGCAGUGGAUUAUUAUACAACCACACCAGCAUUAGUAUUUGGCAAGCCAGUGAGAGUCCAUUUAUCCCAGAAGUAUAAAAGAAUAAAGAAACCUGAAGGGAAGCCAGACCAGAAGUUUGAUCAAAAGCAAGAGCUUGGACGUGUGAUACAUCUCAGCAAUUUACCCCAUUCUGGGUAUUCUGACAGUGCUGUCCUUAAGCUUGCUGAGCCUUAUGGAAAAAUAAAGAAUUAUAUACUGAUGAGGUUGAAAAGUCAGGCCUUUAUUGAGAUGGAAACCAGAGAAGAUGCGAUGGCAAUGGUUGACCAUUGUUUGAAAAAGGCCCUAUGGUUUCAGGGGAGAUGUGUGAAAGUUGACCUGUCUGAAAAAUACAAAAAAUUGGUACUGAGGAUACCCAACAGAGGCAUUGACUUACUGAAAAAAGAUAAAUCCCGAAAAAGAUCUUACUCUCCAGAUGGCAAAGAAUCUCCGAGUGAUAAGAAAUCCAAAACUGAUGGUUCCCAGAAGACUGAAAGUACAAAUGAAGGUAAAGAACAAGAAGAGAAGUCAGGUGAAGAUGGUGAAAAAGAUACAAAGGAUGACCAGACAGAACAAGAACCUAGCAUGCUUCUUGAAUCUGAAGAUGAACUACUUGUAGAUGAAGAAGAAGCAGCAGCACUGCUAGAAAGUGGCAGUUCAGUGGGAGAUGAGACAGAUCUUGCUAAUUUAGGUGAUGUGACUUCUGAUGGGAAAAAGGAACCUUCAGACAAAGCUGUGAAAAAAGAUGCAAGUGCUUCAGCCACUGCAAAGAAAAAGCUUAAAAAGCGUCGUUUCCCAGGGAGUAUGGAAGGUUUUGUCACUCUAGAUGAGGUUGGUGAUGAGGAAGAUUCGGAACUUCAGAAACUUCGUAAAUCGGGCAUGGCAUUUAAAUCUGGUGACAAAAAUGAUGAUGGUUUGGUUGAAAUUAAGGUGGACAAGGUCGAGGAACUUGAUCAAGAAAACGAAGCAGCGUUGGAAAAUGGAAUUAAAAAUGAGGAAAAUACAGAACCAGGUGCUGAAUCUGCUGAGAAUGCUGAUGAUCCUAACAAAGAUACAAGUGAAAACGCAGAUGGCCAAAGUGAUGAAAACAAGGAGGACUAUACAAUCCCAGAUGAGUACAGAAUUGGACCAUAUCAGCCCAAUGUUCCUGUUGGUAUAGACUAUGUGAUACCUAAAACAGGGUUUUACUGUAAGCUGUGUUCACUCUUUUAUACAAAUGAAGAAGUUGCAAAGAAUACUCAUUGCAGCAGCCUUCCUCAUUAUCAGAAAUUAAAGAAGUUUCUGAAUAAACUGGCAGAAGAACACAGGCAGAAGAAGGAAGCUUAAGAUGUGCAAGAAGCUUAAUGAUUUCAAAGAAAAUAGUGGUUCUUUGUUUUUAAUGUUAACCUUUUUUAAAUACAAUAUUGGUAGUUAGAAGAAACUAUUGUACUCUUUUGUUUUAGUGGAAAAAUAAUAGAUGUCUGUUCAUGUGUUAAGUGUUAUAGCAAAAAUACAUACACGGUUAAGUUAAUGAAAACUUGUUUUUUGUUAUAUCAGAAUGGUAACAGACAGAAGUACUUUGUAGAGACUGACUUCGUAAGCUACUUAAGACAACUUGCACCACUAAGAAAAAGAUGCAUAGAACUAUUCAAAGAAAUGAAAUUUAGUAGUUCUAAGCUUCAAAGAAAUGUCAAAACUUUUAAUUCCAUUCAAUAAAGAACAAAAGCAGUUGUAUUUUUAUUACUUUCAUCUGAAACAUUCCACAUUUUAAUCUGAGCCUUGCAGACUUUUCAUUUGGAGUUUGAAGCUUUUUUGGUUGCAUUUCAUUUUUGGAGAACUUCAUUAAUGUGAGAUUAGCGAUUAAAAUGCGGGUGCAGUUUUCUUUUAAUGUUAUGCUGUUGUUUAGGUAAUAAGAAACAUUAAGUAAUUGGCUUUAGAUUUUGUAAUUUUUUCCCUAAGUUUCUGCUAGAUUUCGUAUUCUAGUAGUCAAUGUAUUUUCAGUGAAAUGUAAAAAUAUUCCCGUUCUCCUUGACCAGUAUUAAUUUCUUGAGACCUUAUUGCUUGUCACUUGAAUCCUGUAGCUGUCAUACAUCUGGUAUAAGCAACAUUUGAUUUUUGAAGUGUGUAGACCAUCUCUUCAUAUUUUCAAGAUGUAAUUUUACAUUUCUGCAUUUUUAAAAACAGUUUGGCCAUAAUCUAGACGCACGCUUCUAAUUCAUAUACCUGCACAUGUGACCUUUGUGAACAGAAAUUUGCAUGUAUAAUCUGUGUUUACUUGUAACUUUCUGAUUAUAUACUGCUUAUAUCUGUGGAUUCAAGUUUCUGAAGUGAAUACCAAUAAAAAAGAACUUAGGCCAUGUUCAUUGGUUAUACAUGUUUGGAAUGUUAACCAAUAUAUUUGUCAAUUGUGGUUUUUAUUCACUUUUACACUUUUUUGCAUGCUUUAACAAAUUUUUUCAUUUUUAAUCUAGAGUGUUCUAAAGACUGCUAAAGAUUUGAGUUUUAAAGUUUUGGGUGCUGGUGGAUUUUUUUGUUCCUGUUACAUAACAAAAUGGCUAUGCAUGGUUUUUUCAGAUCUUGGGAGUUUUAAAAUGCUCAGGGCCAAGAAAUAGCAAGCGCUAAUGUUUAGGCAUAUAUAUCUACGUAGUUGACAGUAGAAUUGGAAAUAACACGGAACAUCGAGAAUUCCAGAAGCCUUUUCAAAAUAUGUUGGGAUUCUUGUUAUAACAGAUUAUGUUAUCAAAAAUUUUUAAUUUAAAAAAUAAGAACUUCUAGGAAUUCUUUUUGAAACUUAGGUCCAAGUGUAUUAAAGGAUAUAUAUCAAAUAGUUGGAUAAAAUUUCAUGGUCUACUUCUGAAGGCCAGGUAGUAUUUUUUAAUGUAACAUGAACAAAAAAUCCUUGCCAAUUUAGUUCUGCAGUUUAAUUUUGGCCUUUACUAAUUACCCGCUGUUGUUUAAUUCCAACUUGUAACUAACAGCAGCAACAAUGCAUUAUGUGUACAGUGGAAUUCCUAAUUGUUUCCUGUCAGUGAUAGCUUUUUUCCAUAAGUCCUACUUUGUUGGAUGUACCAAGUUGUAGAAAAGAAUGUUUAACAGCUUAAUUUGGUAACAUUUAAAAAGCAGAAAAUCUCAAACUAGUGAUAAAUAAACCUGUAACAGCUCUUUUCCA